GUAGCACCGUGUGCGUACAAUGAUUAGCGAUGGUAAGCUACGUGCGUUCCGUGUACCUGCGCUACGUCGGAAUUUGUGUGUGUGCCUCGUUUUGCCUCUUGCUGCUGUUCGGCAGUCUUCCAGGUGCAACGGAUACGUGCAAGUGUGAUGACGAGCAGCGCGAUCGGGAUCUGCAGCACGAACAGUUUCACAAGAGCUUCCGGGUGCUCGAGCACAGUUCGGAUCGGAAGCGACUUGCCAUCAUUGUGCCGUUCCGCGACCGGUUCGAUGAGCUGCUCCAGUUUGCCCCCCACAUGGCCGCCUUUCUCAGCAAGCAGGGCGUUCCGUUUCACAUCUUCGUCGUGAAUCAGAACGACCGGUAUCGGUUCAACCGCGCGUCGCUGAUAAACGUGGGCUUCCUGCAGGUUCGGGACGGCUACGACUACUUUGCCAUGCACGAUGUGGAUCUGCUCCCGCUGAACGACAACCUGCGCUACGAGUAUCCCGAGCACGGUCCGCUCCACAUUUCCGGCCCCGAGUACCACCCGAAGUACCACUAUGCCGCGUUCAUUGGCGGCAUACUGCUGCUGCGGAUGGACCACUUUGCCCAGCUGAACGGCAUGUCCAACCGGUACUGGGGCUGGGGCCUGGAGGACGACGAGUUUUACGUGCGCAUUAAGGAGGCGGGGCUGGAGGUGACGCGGCCCAAAAAUGUGUCCACCGGGACGGCCGAUACCUUCCGGCACGUGCACGACCGUGUGCACCGGCGGCGUGACACGACCAAGUGCUUCAACCAGCGGGAAGUGACGCGCAAGCGCGACCGGGAGACGGGACUCAGCACGAUCGCGUACUCGCUGCACAGCCGGCGGGAGCUCACGAUCGACGGGGUGUCGGUGACGGUGCUGAACGUUGAUCUGCAGUGCGACAAGCAGCGGACGCCCUGGUGCGAGUGUGAGCCAAAGCUGGACACGCCAAGCGUGAAGGUGGCGAAGAAAAAGGCAACGUAAAGUUAAAGUGUCUUGUGUGUGUGUGUGUGACCCUCCCGCCCGGUUGCCAUAUGUCAAUUCCGUUCAGAAUUUUUUACUUCUUCUCAAUAAAAAAAAUGUUUACCGUAGACACAUAAAGCAUCCCCCUUCUGAUCGGAUGGUUUGUGACCAAU